AGGUUCUCUUAUGGUUUCUGUAGAGUUCCAUCUUUUACUGUGAAAUAAAUUUUGCCUGAACGCUGAAUAUGUACAUGUUUUUGUCUUCUUGUUUAUCUGGGUGUGCUUAAUUUCUGCGUUUUUCUGGGUAAAUUGUGUUGGGAUUUUCAAUAGAACUGAAAAUGUUACGAACCCCACAAGGAGCAGCUGUUCUUGUUUCUAAAUUGCUGAAAACCCCACCACUCAAAGCUCUUACACUCUUCAAAUCCUCAAUCGAGCAAGGGUUUCAUCAAACCCACCAAUCUUUCUCUAUAAUCCUAGACGGACUUCUCUCGAGCAACUCAAUCUCAGUUGCUCAGUCUCUAAUCUUACAGUUAGUUUCCGGCAGAAUCACUUCACCCCAUUUCACAGUUCCAUCCUUACUUCACCAUUUGACUCAUACCCGUUUCUUGUAUUCUACUCCUUUAUAUGAAAUUGUCAUCAAUGCCCAUCUUCAAUCUCAGUUAAUAGAAGAAGCUUUAGUCUUUUUUAAUGAAAUGAUUGAUAAAGGACUUGUACCUUCAUCGAAUACGUUUAAUAGUAUUCUUUCUUGUUUUAUAAAGAACGGAUCUUUCGAAAAGGCUUGGUUGAUAUUUGAAGAAUCAAUGGGGAAGAGUUUUUUGAAUAUGUAUAGUUUUGGGAUAGUGAUAAAGGGUUGUUGUGAGUUUGGUAAUUUGAAUGGUGCUUUUGAGGUAUUAGCUAAAUUGAAACAAAUGGGGUGGCGACCGAAUGUUGUAAUAUAUACUACUAUCAUUGAUGGAUGUUUUAAGUAUGGUGAUGCUGCAAGAGCAAAGGAGUUGUUUAGUACGAUGUCAGUCGAGGGUGUUAUACCUAAUCAGUACACUUACUCUGUAUUACUUAAUGGUUUCUUUAGGCAAGGACUUAAAACGGAUGGAUUCGAGCUUUAUGAGAAUAUGAAACUUGAUGGAGUGUUUCCUGAUAUAUACACUUAUAAUUCUCUUAUUAACGUGUAUUGCAGCGAUGGAAAAGUUAGCAAAGCUUUUGAAUUAUUUGAUGAAAUGCGUCAUAAUGGGGUAGUAUACAAUGUUGUAACGUACAACACUUUGAUAAGAGGGUUAUGUCAAGAGAAGAGAGUGUUGGAAGCUGAGAAACUAGUGGAUCAAAUGAAGCUGGCUGGGUUGCACCCUAAUUUGAUCACAUAUAACACUCUAAUAGAUGGGUGUUGUAGUGCCGGAAAGCUUGAAAAAGGAUUAACUUUAUUCAAUCAGAUAAAGUCCUAUGGGUUGACACCUACAUCAAUCACGUAUAAUACUUUAAUAGCGGGUUUCUCUAGAGCUGGAAAUCUAUCAAAGGUUGUUGACUUUGUUCGUGAGAUGGAGGAAAGAAGCAUAUUUCCUUCAAAAGUCACAUACACAAUUCUUAUUGAUGCAUUUGCUCGAUCCAACGACAUGGAAAAAGCACUUGAGGUGUUCUCGCGUAUGCAUAAAGCUGGUUUGAGUGUAGACCUUUGUACAUAUGGGGCCUUGAUACAUGGAUGGUGUAGUCAAGGGAAUAUGAAGGAAGCAUCGAAAUUGUUCCUAUCGAUGUCUGAAUAUCAUUUACAGCCUAACGAUGUAAUAUACAAUACGAUGAUAUUUGGAUACUGUAAAGAGAGCAGUUCCUAUAGAGCCUUGAAGCUGCUCAAAGAAAUGGUUGAGAAUGGAAUGAUUCCAAAUGGAGCAAGCUAUUGCUUGACGAUUGAAGUUCUUUGUGGUGAUGGGAAAUGGAAAGAGGCCGAGGUUUUAGUCAGUGGCAUGAUGAAAUUCGGUCUAAAACCCUCGGUUUCAUCACGUGAUCUGAUUCAAAAGGCAAAGAACAUGACGACUUAAAGAUAUUAUGAAAGCGAUACCUGAAAUGUAUGCACACAAUAAGCAUGUGAAGCAACAUCAACUAGAAAAUGAAUGACGGCUUGGAAUACCAUCGAUUGCCUUGUCCUCAUUGUCAUGUUAAGCUUCGCUGCCACCCUGAUUUACCUUAUAGAAAAGUCAAUAACACCUUUUGGUAUUCAGUAACACCUUUUGGUAUUGAAUAUGGAGUGUUUGUAGUUUCAUGUCAUUUGAUGUUUAUAUGUUACAUUCCUAGUGUAUCUUAUCUGGUCAUUCUUUUGAUCUCAUGUUAAUGUAGUUUAUGUUAUUUUACAGUCCUUGUUCUCGAGAUUAUGGAGACUACUUCAUCACAAGCUUACGCUAGUUCUUGAUAGAAAAAAAAAAAGAGGAAACCUUCUCUACAAGCGUGUAAAGGAUAUAAUAUUAUACUUCCUACAGAAGUCUCAUCAACAUUGAAGUUUGGUAACAGCUGCAUGCUACUUUUUUCAUCAUAUAAUGCCGCAAAACUAACUUGUUCAUAUGUGUAGUUCUGUCAUCACAUUGGGUUGAUGAUAUCAACUGUAAUGGCUUUUAGGAUCUACUGUUAUUGUUAGUAUUGUUUUCUCUCCAAUGAAGGAGCUUAAUGUAGUUGUUUGGAUUCCUCUUUGUGGAUUGAGGAUGAGGAUGCGGACUCACUAAAAUUCCUUGACAAGGGAAACUUCAAGUCAAGACACACACCAUCGCGAUGCUACAUCGUGAUUCCUUUUGCUGAAGGAUCAAGAGUUGAAGUGAUACAAAAGGAAUUCUUCUUUUUCUGUAGAUAUCUCAUAGUGGAAUGAACAACACUUUUUCGAAGGUUCUUAUUGGGGUUGAUAUGCACACAGUGUUGAUAUCUCCAGUAAGCAGCUGAUAGAAUUUGGAUAACUUGAGCCACCCCUGAAUUCAGUCACCAUGGAUGAUGGAUACAAGCUCAUGAUGCAUCAUGUUCUAUUUAUCUUUUUUGGUAGGUAAUUGAGUAUCCUUAUGCACGAAGAUAAUCAAUUUGCUAGUUGUGUUCAAACUCUAUUAUGGUUUUCUUUUACCGCAUUCUCUAUAGGACUCUCUUAUCUUAUCCUUCUCUGAGCUCACUUCUGAAAUUUCUUCGUGGUGGCUCCCUUACAUGUCUCUUUUUAGAGGGAACCUCAAUUUCUAACCCUUACAAGCCUUCUGUAUUCUGAUUCCAAA